AACUCAAUGUCAUUUCAUUACCAAAGACCGGAUGGUGGUCAUCAGAUCUACAUGCAUUACGAUGACGAUGGCUCUCUCAACAUGAGCGAACUCGUUCAUGAAGAUCCCGGAUGUAUAGAUAGAGCGUCGUUUUACUUUGACUUCUACUUCUGCUCACGAUCUCAAUCACGUACAAUCUUAGGACAGCUAUGUACACUACGACACCGAACCACUAACCAUGGGGACAAAGUGUUCAACUGUACGACUGGCUUGAUGGAAAGUUUGCCGUCGGGACGAACUCGAGACAUGCGAAUAUACCUUUUGGAUCGUAUCCACACUCCUGAUGAGGAAUAUAAGUUUAGAGUCUUUCUACGGAAUGGCAAUCAGGGUAAAUUCAACAAGAUAGUGUUAGGCCAUUAAAACAAAUAUACAUGUUUAGCGACCCCGCCCGCUUCGUUUUUGGGGGCCGCCUCCUAUUUUUUU